AUGGCUGUCGAGAAGGAGGAAAAGAAUAUCGUAGCCUUAGUGAGUGAAGAAAAUGACAAUGAUUUUUAUUCAUCUGACGAAGAGUUAGAUAAAGGGUUUUCUUUGAACCAGAAUAAAACAUCAAACGCUAGAACAUAUGACAAAUUUCAAGUUGGCGGCAACGGAGAUGAAGAUGAAGAUGUUAAUGCUAGUGAUAGUGAUGAAAAUGUGAAUGGGAACUAUAAUUUUUCUUCAAAAGAGAGUGAAGCUGUUGAUAUUGAACUUCCUAAGCAAAAAAAGAUGACAAAAUCAUUCAUCGACAGAGCAAACGAAGUUAACCGUGAAGAAGAAGAAGCGGAUGAUGAUAAUGAUGAUGAUGAUCAGUAUUUUGGUUUUUUGAGCGGAGAUGGUAGUCAGGAUGAAGGCGAAGAAGUUACGAGUGAAAAUGCUACUGAUUCGAAAACUCCAAUCACAGAUUCUCAGAAAAAGGAAACUUCUAAGAAGGUGAAGAAGUUAACCGCCAAACAAUUAGAGAAGGAAGAACAAAAGAUUAAAAAAUCAGGUGUGGUCUACCUGUCAUCGUUACCGCCAUACAUGAAACCACAAAAGUUGAGACAUGUCAUGUCUAGGUUUGGUGAGGUUGGUCGUAUUUUCUUAAAACCAGAGGAUCCUAAGAUUUACAAGUCUAGGAUUAAAUCAGGAGGUAACAAGAAGAAGAAAUUUGAAGAAGGGUGGGUUGAAUUUAUAGACAAAGCUAAUGCGAAGCUGGCUGCAACUACACUAAAUGGAAAUAUACUUGGUGGAAAAAAACGCAGCUUUUAUCAUGACGACGUGAUGAAUGUUAAGUAUUUGAAAGGUUUCAAGUGGUUUGAUCUAACAAAUGCAUUGAACAGGGAGGUUGAGGUUCGUGAAAGUAAAAAGCAAGCUGAACUAUCACAAGCACAUAAACUCAAUAAAGCAUUUAUCAAGAACGUUGAAACGAGUAAAGUUGUCACUAGAGUCAAAGAAAGCAAGAAGAGAAAGCUUGAAAGUAACGAUACCAAAGAUGCAGAAUCACCUACUGAAAUACGAAGAAACUUCAAACAAAGAAAUGUGGCUACUAAUAGAGCUAAUGCCGAUAAUUCUAUCAAAAAUACAAAUGAAAAUACCAAGAUCAAAUCUGUGUUAAACAAGAUCUUUUAA